AAUUAAUUUUGUUAUAUGUGAUGUAAGUGUGUUGAAUAUAUAAUUAAUCCACAGCAGAUCAUUUAUAAAAUGCUAUAUGUUGAUGACUUAUUUCUUGGAUCUUUUUGAAUCGGAAUUAUUGGCUAUUUAGGAGAAUUUGAAUUAGGGGUUAAUCAUCCGUUAAUAAAAUUAUCAUAUGCUAUAAAACAUAUAAUAUUUUCACGAGGAUGAUGAUUGUGAUUAGAGAUGUCAUGAUGGAAUAAUGCCAAUCUGAUCCUAAUAGAUUGAUUUGAUUGCAGCAGAUUGAUCUUCAUAUAUAUAUAUAUAUAUAUAAGAUACUCUUUCUAGCCAACUCAUUGUUAAAUCACAAAAUCGAAAACAAAAUUAACAGGUUUUACGUGGCCUGUUCUGGUAAUGCUAUCUUGUAGUCCUAUACAAAUCAGAGUCUAUCUGACAGUGGACUUGUUUUUUCAAAACAUAAAACGUGACACGGUACAGACAAGGCCUGUUGAUUUACAAUCUUUUGGUCCUAACACAUGUAUUUAUUUGUAAUUGACUAGUGUUUUGAGUUGAAAUGCUUUCGGAACGUGACAAGAUCAAUGAUGCUACCAAAGGUGUUUUGUAACAAACAUGAAAGUGAUGUUAUCAUCUUCACCUCAUGUGGGUAGAGCUUUUAAGUAAGUAACUUAUGCGUGUGCGUGUCAAAAAAAUGUGUGAUGAGAGCGCAAAUGUUCUAGGCAAUUAUGAUGUGAUAAUCUCAACCACUUGCACCUACUCGCAUAGAGAAGCAAGCAUAAAAUAAUAUAAAGUAUAGACCAUAUGUCAUCAACUUUAAUCUGAAUCUUUGAACAAAAUAAUAUUUUUUUAAGAAGAUAUUAUAGAUGUGAAGAAAAUUCUAUAGAAAAGAAUAUCAACUGUUGACAAUCUAUAGAAAAGAACAUCAAAUUCUAUAGAAAAUUAAUUUUGUUGGGUUUGUGAUAGUCAUCUAGCAUUUCAAUAAAGAGUAAAAGAAUAUCGCUUUAUGUCUAUUCUAAUUUUUAUUGGGAUCUUAACAAAAAUUGAUUGUGAUAGUCAUCUAGCACUUCAAUAGGAUGUGAUCUUCUUCUGAUCUUCCAUAUAGUAAAAGUAGAACCAAUUUUUGUAACACAAAAAAUGAAGAUAAAUUACAUGUGUAAAGAAGGGUUCUGAACGAUGAUCCACUAUGAGCUCCUUAUAUACAUACAUUUUGUUUUUUUUUUUGUUUUUUUUUUCAUUACACUUAUACAUACAUUUUGUAUAAGAUGACAAUAUAUAUGAAAAAACUUAAAUGGAGAAUGGUAGAUAAAUAGAUACAGAACGUGUGGGAUGUGCGAAAGAUAAGAGACAAAACAAAGACAGAAAGGUGAAGACUCGACAAAUUGGGUUUGAAACUUGUGUUUGUCCCAAGACAGACAACCCCGAGAACGAGCCUCAACGGCGUGGCCUCCUUUUCAAACCUUGACAAAUUUAUUUGUUUUUUUUAAUAACUAGUUUGUUUAACUCGUUUUGGAACUCUCACUUUUGUGUUUCGUGCACACUCUAUCUCACAUACACACAGUGAUAUUAUACUAUAUAGAUAGAUAUACAUAUGUGUUUGUAAGUUCCUUUUGGUUAUAUAUAUAUAUAUAAAAGAAGAGGAGAAGAAGAAAAAGAAAGCACAGCACCAAAAAAACUUCUCAUAGCUAAAAUCAUUUCAAGACAAAUUUAGCGCACAAAAAAAAUCACUUCAAGACAAUGAAGCUAAUUAGUAUCACCUUCUUGCUUUGUGCAUUGGUUUUGUUAUUGCUUCUAACUCCAACAUCUUCUCUACAACUCCACCCUCGCUACUCAUCUCCUAGCCAAGGUGAAAGUGAAAAGAUUUUUAUUAAAAUGGCGCCAAGGAAACUCAUGAUCAUCUCUAGUGAUCAUGUAAAUGUGAUGAAGUCAGGUGCUCCUGAAGGUUCAAGCGAACAACUUCAAGUCACUUCUUCCUCUGGAAAAUCUAAGAGUGAAGAGAAGAAAAUAGGUGAAAAGGAAGAGGAGAAUGCUCUAUCGAUAUAUCUAUCAAUGGAUUAUCCAAAAUUUAGAAGAAGACGGCCAGUUCACAACCUCUAAGUCCAAUAUGCAUUUUUCAAUACAACUUUUAAUUUCAGCUAGAUUAAUUAAUUAAUUAAGAUAGUGUAGCCGUGUAGGAUAGUUUAGUAGUUGGUAUAACAUACUAGUUAGUUUCUUUGGGAAUAUUAAGGAACAAGUUUUAGGGAGAUUGUUGUAACGGAAUUGUUCGUGUUUAUUCUUUCUCUUCAUAGUCUCAUAGAUUUACUUUUAGUUAAUUAAUGAUUAAUGACCGACAAGAAAUGAGCAAACCCCUAAAAUUCUGGGUUGGGGGUUGAGCUAAUUAACUGCUCGUCGUUGCACGCACUGUAACAUGGUGGCUGAUUCAGUUGUUAACUACUCCUGUUUUUUUAUAUACUCUCUCAGUUUUAUAUUAUAAAUAGUUAGCAGAAAAUGUUUGUUUCACAAUAUAAGUAAUUUUCAUAUUUUAAUGCACAUUUUUUCUUUAUUGGAUAUUGUGUAACCAAUCAAAUAAUGCUAGUUUUUUAUAUUAGGAUGAAUUUAAAAUUAAAUAAUAUUUUUUUACAAAAGCAACAAUUUCUUAAUAUUAAUGCUUUUAACUAAAACUAUUUACAAUAUGGAACAAAGGGAGCAUGACGCUUUAGGAUUGUGCACACAUAUUAAAAAAUAUUUAAUUUUUCAAAAAAAACUUAUUAAUUGUUUAUCUAAUCACAAUUUAACUAAUAAUAAAAUAGAAACUAUAAUAUCAUUGGUCAUCUAGUAUUAAUUAAUAAUAAUUUUUAUAUAGAAAAUUGAAAACGUCAAAUAAUUUGGAACAAAAAAAUUCCUCUAAAACGUCAAAUAUAAAAAACCAGAGAGAGUAGUAUUCUUACCCGUACUGUGCAUACGGGAAAAGAAAAUGAUUAAUUUAGUAUGUUAAACGAAUAUGAUUUGUAGCGAUUUUUAUUGCCUGAUUCAUGCUUAAUAUAUAACAUCCUCCUCUGCUUCUUUUUGGAUGGACAAAGUGAUUAAUAAUAUUCUACUCAAAUUCACUUUACACUUUUAAUACGGUUACUUGGUUGCAAGGUAUGUGGAGAUCAUUAUGCUUAUAUAUACAGAAGCCAACACAUUAAUGUAAUUAUUUAUACACACUCGUGACAGAUGUUGCUUAAAUCAAACUAAACUCGAUAUUCAAUUUAAACAAAAAGAAAUGAAAAAAUAACUGGAUAUUUAGCUCCAUAGCUCCAUCAUAUAAUUGAUAUAUAUUUUCUUUAUAAAUACAAAACCGUCUAUUGUCAAAAAAUAAAAUAAAAUACAAAAUUGUCUUUUUUUUUUUCCGUCAAUAGUUAAUUAGAUUAAGGGUCAAAGCCCAACAUUACAAAACACUAAACACAUACAUUCAGGCCCACAGCCCACCAAGCGAAACCCUAGAGAAACCAGAAGCGAUGCCUCCGCUUCGAUCACGGCCUCCACCGCUUCCAGCCAUCGCCGUUGAUCCAAACGACGAUCCACCGGGAAACACCAUCAGUCACUAACUUCACAAUCUCUUAGCCGCAAACGCUUAUAAUCCGAGCUCACUGUAGUGGAGAGAUGCAAUCGGCAUACCGAGAUCUCAUCCGCCUCUUUUCAUCACCGGAGCUGGGAAUAAAGCUUCGCCGACCCAUCAACCUACAACACCCAAUAGCUUCGACCGUCUUCCGACGAGAGCUCCUCAAACCACACAUUAUCGAAACAGCAACAGACAAAUAUAAAAACCAAACCCUAAAAACCUAGAGAACCCAAAAGCCGACGAGGCAAGGCAAAGUCCGCCUUCACCCCCCGAGAACUGAAGCCGGCGAACGCAGAGCUGAAGAAGCCUCCACUCCCCGGAAACUAGACCGGCGGCGAUGAAUCUGUAGAAGCCUCCACCUCCCGGAAAAUACAAAACUGUCUACACUGGAAUGUAUUUACCUCUAAUUAUAGUAUGAAAAAUCCAUCUGGACUCCAACUCUCAAGAUUUCUUCUAAUUUUGGCUACAAAUCAACACAAUAAUGAAGCAAAUGUCUCUCCUGUUGUUGACAGAUCAGACUUUUAGAGUACUGAGAAAUCGACAUGUCAUUAACUGAAAAAACAUUGAAAACCAGUUAGAACAUUUGGUUUCUCCACGUCAUUUUCUUGAUGUCGAACAUAUUUCUCUUCGUUGAUGUUUAGCACAUUAAAGCUCCAUUUCAGCUGAUUUGUCUGGACCCUGAGAAUGGCAAUCAACCUGCAGCGAGAUCAAUAAAAUAAUAAUCCAUUAGACAACUAUAAAUUGAACAAACAAAAAAAAAUGCUAUGAACCUGGCUGCUCUGUAAAGCAUAUAAUGAUUGAUGUCUUAACCUUUAAUUCCCUACAAAAAGAAGAUACGUAACCACCUUCAUGAUCAUCUUUAAGUCAGUCCCCCAUUGUCCUAAUCAAAAAGAGUAAGCAGUAGCAGUGAUCAAUUCCGCCAAAACCUUAAUUUCUCUAAACCCCAACCUCUCUAGACAAGUAAAUAUAACAAUGGCGAAGGGAAAAAAAGUCAAGGUGGUCUGCGUCCAUGACCGGAGCCUUAACCCAAAGUCCAAUCCGCUUAACGGCAUCAGACACGAUGGUUACCAUAGGUAACUGGACUUUGAUACUCCUCCUCCUCCAUCAAAUUGAAAUCAACACUAUCCACAGCCGCCGUCGGAUCAUAUCCCGUCUGCUCAACGUUUAUAGUCUCGGCUUUGUCAAGGAGCAGUUACUGAAACCUACUGAAGAAGAAUCUGGGCUAUGGCUAGAGCGACGAAUAGGGGUGGGAUCAAUCAUCGACUUAGUCACUCGUCUAAGUUGUAUGGUCACCGAAUCAGCCGCUGACGCUUCCUCUGAUGUGGAGUUACCAAAGAAGAUGCUUCGUUUCUUCGGCAUCAUUCUUCAUUCUUCGGCAUCGUUUCUUUGAGGUAUGUUUCCCUCAUGAUUUCUUUAAGUUUAGAAACCACAGCUAUGUAAAUUUCUUAAAAGGUUGUUGAUUUUCAGAGAGACAUGAUACAUAGAUAUUGCUAUAUAUACAUCUUUAUCUUACUUACAGCUUGCAUCACGCGUAUCUUGGACAUGGUAUAAGAAAAAGUAUCCUCAAAUGUGUUGUAUCAAUGGUCGACUGUGAUUGUUUACUUUAUAAUACCAGAAUUUUAGGGAGUUUUUUUUUCCUAUAAUUCUUUAUCAAGCUAGACGGUCACAUGGGUUCAUGUCAAAGACCCAAACAAGUCUUUUAAGAGUUUUAGUCUGAACUUUUGAGUUCAAAUUCUAACUUAUUACGUGUAAAUGUGAUUUUGUUGCAAGUGGAGUCAACAAGUGCCACGAACGAGUCAGUCCUCAAGGUUCCGUUGGACCACAGGAAGCAAGCAGCAGGAGUGAUAAAGUCACAUGACAGAGAAGUGGUGUGUCAGAAAGCUGGUGAUGCCAUCUGUGGUCAAGAUCAACGAGGUAGUCGAUUGAUAAAAUGGGAGCUAUAAUCUUCUUGCUUCAAUCCAAUGCUGGAGUGAGUAUAUUAUUUUGUUCUCACAUAUAUGUAGUUUUAUGAACAAGCUCAUACAUUCCUAAAAUUACAUUUCGCAUUGUUAAGUUAAGGCAUUAUUUUGUGUU